AUGGAUCGCCGAGAACAUGUACCAGAUGAAGAGCAAGACCGCGGAUCAGGCGACGCACGAGGCAUGGGCCGUCCUGACCUGCUCUCACAGGUCUCCGUCGAAGACGGUACUUCCAACACAGGCUCUGGCGGUAACCCGCCUGUCGACAGCAAGGGAGACCGUGAUAUUGAAACGCUCCGUCAGGUUCCGAGCGGCCCGCCCUACAGCGACUUCUCUAAGUCAACGAAGCGAUGGAUCAUCGCCAUGGCAGCCUGUGCUAGCUUCGUGUCCCCCAUGACAGCGAAUAUAUAUUUUCCGGCUUUGAAUCCCCUCGCGGCGGAUCUCGGGGUCACGGUCAAUCUCAUUAACCUGACUCUGACCACCUACAUGGUGUUCCAGGCCCUCUCCCCGACCGUGGUGGGCGACUUUGGGGACAUGGCAGGGAGAAGGCCCGCGUUCAUCAUCUGCUUCACCAUCUAUAUCUUCGCCAACCUCGGCCUGGCCCUCCAGAACAACUAUGCCGCCCUGCUGGUGCUGCGGAUGCUCCAGAGCGCGGGGAGCAGCGGGACUCUGUCGUUGUGCUAUGCCGUCGUGGCCGAUGUUGCUGUCAGCGCCGAACGGGGGAAGUACAUGGGCAUCGUGGGCGCCGGCAUCAACAUCGGUCCUGCUCUGAGCCCCGUGCUCGGCGGGAUCCUGGCUGAAUAUCUGGGCUGGCGGGCUAUCUUCUGGUUCUGCCUCAUCUACGCCGCGGCCUGGCUCAUACCCUACACCUUGGUCGUACCCGAAACCUGCAGAAGGGUAGUGGGAAACGGUUCUGUACCAGCACGGGGGUGGAACAUGACAGCCGUCGACCUGUUCCGUCGUCGUUACAAGUCGCGACGUACCGGUGACGGCGAGGACAGCGUCACUCCUAAGAGCGAGUUACGCUUCCCCAAUCCCCUCAACGCUCUGAGGGUGGUCUUCGAGAAAGAUCUGGCCCUCCUCCUCUUUUACAACACCAUGAUAUAUCUCGUCUUCAUCCUCAUUGCUGCUACUCUGUCCACAGAGUUCGCAGACAUCUACCACCUCACCGAUCUGCAGGUCGGCCUCUGCUACCUACCCUACGGUCUUGGCUGCUGCUUGGCCGCCGUCGCACAGGGCUACAUCCUCGACAGCAACUACCGCCGGAUAGCCCGCAAGAUCGGUUUCACCAUCGACUACAAGCGAGGCGACGAUCUGCGCUCCUUCCCCAUCGAAAAGGCCCGCCUCCUCCCCGUCUACCCCAUCCUGUCCGCGGGCAUCGCAGCCGUCAUCUGCUACGGCUGGGUCCUGGACGCCGAGACGAACCUGGCCGGCCCUCUCGUUCUGUUAUUCGUCGUCGGACUCUGCGUCACGGGCUCCUUCGGCAUCCUCAACACCCUGCUCGUGGAUCUGUACCCGGAGGCCCCCGCGACGGCCGUCGCGGCCAAUAACCUGGUGCGGUGCCUCUUCGGCGCCGCGGGAACCGCUUUUAUCGAGUCCAUGCUCGGGGCAAUGGGCCGCGGCUGGACCUACACCUUUUGGGCGCUCGUCCUCGUCGUCUUCUCGCCCAUCCUGUGGCUGCUCAGCGUGAAGGGGCCGCGGUGGCGCGAGGAGAGGCGGGUCCGGAAGCUCGAGGCAAAAGAGAAGAAGGCUGCGGUCGGCGCCGCCGGGGAAAGUGGGUGA